AAUUUUAAAUUAUCAAUUAUUAAACGAUGUUGGGAAGAUCAAUUACGAAUAAAAGGCACUAAUUUUGUAUCUGAAUGUGAUUUAUAUAUUGCUUGUUUAAUUCUUCAAAAACAAAUGGAACAUAUUAAUGGUAUAAAAGAAAACAUUGUUAUACCAAGUGUAAGAAUGAAGCAAAUUAGAGAGCAAACAGGAAUAGUUAGGCAAGAAGAAGAAGCUGCAACAUUGAUUUCAUGUAAUGCUAUUCGAGCAAGGUGUAUGAAUGAAUCUAAUAAUAUGAAUGUUGAAAUGGCAACACCAUUACAAUCUUCUCAUAAUUCAAUAUUAAAAUCAAGAAUCACUGAAAAUCAAAAUGAAACAAAAAAAUUCAAUCAAAUAACUGGUACUAACAACAAUGAAGAUCAAUUAGAACAUUCAACACCAUACAAUCCUUGUAUUACCUGCUUGACCGAAGAAAAACGAAUAGCUUGCUUACCAUGUGGUCAUUUCACAGUCUGUGUUUCAUGUAGUACAUCAUUACAAUUAUGUCCAAAAUGUCAACAGAAAAUUAUAGCUUUUGUUCGUAUUUAUGUUUGA